AUGUUUUUUGGUAUAGCCUCGUUUGCAGCACGGCUUCUUAUUGGUAGAUUAGGCGACUGCAAAUGCGUCAGCUCCCUACACCUGAUACAAGUGGGUUCCCUUGGUGUAGCUAUCACCAUUUUGCUUCUUCCUUUGGCACGAGCUUACUCGGCCUUUGUGGUGUUUUCAAUUGUUGACGGAUUUCUUGAUGGUUUAAUUGGAUCCCAGAUCAAUCUCGUUCUUCUAACUACUGUUAGUCCACAAGUAAGAGCGACUGCCUUUGGUUAUGCCAACUGCCUUGUAUCACUAACUCUGACGAUUGGACCGUCUGUUGCAGGUCAGUAUUAGAGGGAUUGUGUUAUCUCAGCGGGUCACCCCACCUAACAUGUUAGUGCGAUUUAAUUGAAAUGAGAAAUUAUUUGGACGGGUGGGUUUUUGGCGGUUACCCCGACUAUGCGGGAUACCUCACCCACUGGGGAACUCCUAACUCCAUGUAUACGGCGGUUGAUCUUCACCGUACUAAACCUCUUAUUUCAUGGGUCCCAUAUAAUCUGCACUUCCAUUGUUUUCAGGGAUAGGGGCAUUGUUUGUCACAAUCCCUAUUGUUUCUCAAGCCAAUCACAAACAAUCUUUGAAGUAGGUGCAGAUCGCCCCUUAUACGGGCCCUAAACAGUCAAUAGAUCUUUUUAGCUGGUAUGUUUUGUUUCUUCCCAUUACAGGUCACGUGAUGAUAUUCUAGAGAACUGUUUUUUAAAACUAUUUCUUAUUCACGUGUAUAUCUUAGCAUAAUUUAUGAAGAGAUAGAGAGUCAAGUAACCCUGGGACACCCAUUAGGAAAACAAAGCAUACAAGCUAAAGAGGCCUAUUGUAAACAAACUUCCAGGAAGCUCCGAGAGAACCGUUAUGAGAUUUUCAAACCGAGACAAAAGAAAUGAAAAGAUACAUUAUUUGAUUGAUAUUUCAUGUGUUUUCAUUUAAUAAUGUUUGUAUGCAUGUAUGCACACAUGUAAUUGAAUAUAACCCAAUAUUUCUCUCACAGUAUUGUUUACUUUAACUUUUCAUUUCAUUUUCAUUGUUAUCAUUAUUUUAAUGUAUUCCUAAAUUUUCUUUUUUUGUUUGUUCGAUUUAAUCAAUUAUUUAAUUUUGGUGCGUAUAUUGUUCGAUGUACAUUGUCUACAAAAUUGUAAACUUGUUAGGACUUUGAAAAACUAACAAGCUGAGCUGCUUUAAAAAUUCCCAGUGACUUCAAUAAUCCGUAUUAUAACCGUUUUCAAAUUUUCAGGCAUUUUCGCUUUUUUCGUCUUCAAUAACACUUUAUAGGUAUUCUAGCGGACAAAUCAAACUCCUACAUUCCAGCGUUUUACCUGGCGGGAAGUGAAGUGCUUCUUGGUUCAUGUAUUACCUUCCUUUUAUGUUUCUCUAAACUGGAACCAAAGCAA